AUGCAGGACUACAGCAAGCUCACAGUAGCGAAGCUGAAAGAAGAGCUCGAUAAGCGAGGCCUACCAAAAGCUGGCUUGAAGGCCGCGCUUGUGCAACGGUUGGAAGAGGCGGACAAGGAGGCCCAAGUUGAACAGCCAGAUACGGAACAGCUGGUACAAAACAACAAAGAUGUGAACAGCCAAAUAGACCAAGUUGCAUUAGUCGCGAAUGCCUUUCCAGAGCCCGAAGAAAUCUCCCCUGCUCAGCACGAAACGGUCAAUGAGGGCGAAACUGUGUUCAAGGCUACGAACGGGAAUGCUGCUACAAGAACGGAAAAUGAGCAGACCAAAGAGGUAGCCGCAACACAGGAGCAAAUGGGUCAUGAGGAGCCGGCUGCGCCUGCCUCAGAGGGCGAAGAAGAUGUCCUACCUGGAACGAUUACCCAUCAAUCAACUUUCAAUGAAUGUGUGACCGAAAAGCAGCUCCCAACACCAGUACAGACUCAGCCAGAGUCAUCGAAUAUGAUUCUCCCAACGUCAACCCAAACGUCUGUCGCACCAGAAGAGCUCGCAGAAGACUCAAGAAAGCGAAAGAGACGAAGCCAAACACCGCCACCUUCGUCCGUUGAUACGUCGAAAAGGUUGAGAUCAGAAAUCAUGUCAAACGGGAGGCCUGAUGUCAGGCUUCCGGAAGAUUUGACAUCGCAAAAUACACCAAGGGAAGCAGAUUCAGAGGCUCUCGUGGGAGGGAGUCAGCUCAAUGGGCGAGGCGAGCUUGCCGAACCAGAGGAAACAAGUCAAUCUGGCGCAACAGGAGCUGAACAGAAUGGACAUGCGUCUCAAAACGAAGUCAUAGCCUCUCCUACUUAUAAAAGGCCGUCGCGUUCACGUUCACGAUCACGAACACCACCAGCAUCCAACAGGUCCGACCAGCAUCAAAAAGCCCCAACCUCAGAUCGCCGCUUUCACUCCCUCACAGCCCCCUCAAGCAAAGCCAAAUCGCCGCCUUCAUCUCAACCGGACACCGUAGACCGCGAUAUACCGCCAUCUGUGCACCCUGCGACCAGUGCCAUUUACAUCCGCAACUUGAUGCGCCCACUCAACCCAUCCUCCUUGAAAGCCCACCUUACCUCCCUCGCAAACUCCACUUCCACCACCUCCUCUUCCCCUGCAAAUGAAGAAGAAGUCAUCACAACCUUCCACAUUGACGCAAUCCGCACUCACGCCCUUGUAAACUUCACCAGCACAUCCUCCGCCUCUCGCGUGCGCGCAAAUCUCCAUGAUCGCGUCUGGCCAAACGAGCGAGAUCGAAAGACCCUGUGGAUCGAUUUCGUGCCGGAGGAGAAGCUACAGACGUGGAUCGAGGUUGAGAGCUCGAGAGCAGGUGGUGGAUCGCGGGAAGGGAACAAGCGGUGGGAGGUCAUAUAUGAGACGGAGGAGGAUGGCGUGAGGGCGUAUCUACAGGAGGUGAGGAGUGCUGCUCAGCCGGGGCCUCAGGCGCCUCCAUCGCAGCCGCAACGACCAUUUGCGGCCGCAAACCCGAGCUCGGGCAGCAACGCGGAGCCCAAAGUGAAGAGGGUGGAAGCAGAAAGUAAAGAGUUCAAAGCCCUGGACGACCUUUUUCUCUCGACCAUGACCGCAAAACCGAAGCUAUAUUACCUGCCUGCUACCAAACCAAUUGCUGAACGUCGUUUAGAAGUUUUGGCGCAAGGCAAGGGAGGAGGGAGAGGAGGCGAUGAGAUGAGAAGGUUUAGUUUCAAUGAUGAAGGCAGGAUCGUGGACAAGGGGCCAGAAUUUGGAUGGAAGAGAGGCGGAAGAGGCGGUGGUAGGGGCGGUAGAGUGACUGAAAGGGAGGAAAGGGGCGGAUAUAGUGGGUACAGGGCCAGAGGAACUGGCGGCUAUGGGCGAGGAGGUGAUAGAUGGGGUGGAAGGGGAUACUGA